AGAUGAAAGCAAGCGACGAAGAUGUCAAGAAAUUUCGUGAGUCUCUUUCUAAGCUUGGAGAUAUUUAUAUCAAUGACGCAUUUGGGACAGCUCAUAGAGCUCACAGGUAACAUUUUCACAUUCACAACUCUAAGCACAAACUCGUGUCAGGUAGACUGAGUUCAGUUAAGGAACUGGCGUCAUCGUUCCUAAACUAUCUUGUUUAUAAUGAUGGACAAUAUUUUUCGGGCAUGCCACAUUUUCAACUCACAGACAUUUCGUAAAAGUAAUAAUGAAACCUUUAUACUAGUCGCACUCAUCUCUAUUACCUAACUCUAUUAGUUCUAUUAUCCACUUCUGGACACAGUCUAUAUCUCCAGCGCAUGCUAGGAAAUAUUUUAAAAUCAUGAAAUCAGUAAUCACACUCCACAUGGAGUGACUGAAAUAUUUCAGUAAUACAACGGGUCUAAUAUCGGACUGUACAGAAAAGUAUUCAUAUAUUAGCGUCUCAUUGUAGUUGCGACAGUCGUGUUUGAUAAAUUACGAAAAGGGAAUCUCAUUUAGACAUUUGUUUUCUUUCAUUAUGUCUUCUGUAGCUCAAUGGUGGGUGUUAACUUGCCUCAGAAAGCUGCUGGUUUCUUACUAAAGAAAGAACUUACAUAUUUUGCCAAAGCAUUGGAAUCUCCUGUUAGACCAUUCCUAGCCAUAUUAGGAGGGUAUGUAUCACGUUGUUUAGGUCAACCUUUUGAUAAGCAUACCCCAUUCUCGUACCCAGAGCCCUUCUUACGCGCGGUCAACGGAGCGCGACGAGGGGCUCUGGCCAAAUCCAUGUCAAACUGGCAUCUGAUUGGCUACAACGAAGGUUGUUCUAACACCGGAUAUAUUCUAUUACCGUGUUUUUAUGGUAUCCGGUUAUGGAUUAUGGAUACAUUCAGCUGCCGUCUCAAGUUCAGUGGCAGACUAUUCCAAAGUUUAAUUGUCAUGUUCUUUCCAGAAUAGUAAAGUAUUACGCUCUUUCCAUGAUGUCUUUCAAGUCUAUAAUUAUAUUAAACAUGAUAGCAAAAUUCUCUACUAAAUAGACCUUGGUCAUUUUAAAACCUGGGGAUACAGUCCGUUUGCACGUGUAAGAUUUGUUUACAUUUUGUAUCCGAAUAAUGAAUUUUAUAAACGAAGUGGGGCAGCUGUAAAAUCAACCUCGUACCCAGGAUCUUUCCACCAAUUUGUCAAGUAUUUUAAUUUAAUACAAUAAUUCAAAUUUGCAGUCUUUGCACAAACAACACCAAAUGAAAACAAGUCACUUCUAUCUUAAUAGUUUAUCUUUCCUCUUGAGGAGAAAAGACGCUGGUCACGUGAUCUGCUGAUAUCUAACAGAUUUCUAAUUAACUAUUUGGAUUCCUUCACGACAAUCAUACAAAAUGCAAAUUAUAAAUUAAGCUAUAAAAAUUAUCCAAAUAUCAAAUAUUUAUUUACCUCAUCUUGGAUUGCUAAUUAAAAAUCUGCUAGAUUUUAACAGAUCACGUGACCAGCCUCUACCAGGGUUUUCUCCUCAAGAGGAAAGACCCUGGGUACGAGGUUGCUGUAAAAUAAAAAUGAUCAAGGAAGCACGAUCAUGUUUUUGCUUGUAUCACAAGCUGGAACCUCCAAUACACGCAUGUGCAGAACUGACUGUUCCGCAUCUUUGAGGCUUUUCAAAAACAGAAAUUUGCAAUAAAACAUAAUGACAUUGUGGCCAUGAAAUGGUGUAAUAUCGUUGUAUAUCUAAAUGCUUUUUCAAACUUUACUCGACCAAGUGUUGUAUGUUAUACUCUCUGUCCUCUGCUCUCUGUCCUGUCACAUAAAUACCAUAUAAGAGAUGGCAGAUGAUUGUGCAUUACAAUAAUUCUACAUAACAAAAUAUUUAUUACUCUCAAUUCCAGAGCGAAAGUAAAAGACAAAAUUCAGUUAAUUGAGAACAUGUUGGAUAAAGUGAACGUUAUGAUUAUUGCUGGUGGAAUGGCUUUUACUUUUGCAAAAGUUCUAUAUAAUAUGGAGGUAAAAUAACUUAAACCCACCGGGCCGCAAAAGUUGCAAACUUCUCACAGUUGAAAUAAUGAGUUCACGUUAAGUUCGAUCUGCCGCUACAUAUUGAUGUUAUGAAGUAGUGUCUUGGAGAAUUAUUCAUAUAAUCCACUUUCAUUUUAGUUGUUUCAAAGUUUAGAAACAGCGUCAUAAUCAGUAACCAAUAAUAUUUUUCUGUGUUGGUGUAAUGUACUCAGGUGAAUAUGAUGCUUGAGAUGUUACUCUGAGUGUAUAUCCACACCGGGCAAGCUUGAAAUUAAGCCUGACCACGGUGGGAAUCGAACCUACGACCUUUGGAAUGCCAGCCCAAUGCUCUGCCAACUGAGCUACGCGGUCUGGUCGGUUCGAGUAUGUGAUAUUUCGGAAUAGAAUCUAGUUCCUUCGAUAUCAAUGUAAUCUAAUAAUCAGUAAUGAUUUUUCUGUGUUGGUGUAAUGUACUCAGGUGAAUAUGAUGCUUGAGAUGUUACUCUGAGUGUUCCAGUAUUCCAAAGGUCGUAGGUUCGAUUCCCACCGUGGUCAGGCAUAUUUUUCAAGCUUGCCCGGUGUGGAUAUACACUCAGAGUAACAUCUCAAGAAUCAAUAAUAUGUUUUAAUAUAGAUUGGUAACUCGUUAUUUGAUGAAGAAGGUUCAAAAAUUGUUCAAAGAUUGGUCGAUAAAGCCAAGGCAAAUGACGUCCAACUUCACAUUCCAGUUGAUUAUAAAACCGGAAGCAAAUUUUCAGCUGACGCUGAAGUUGGUGAAGCAACGUUAGAGUCGGGUAUUCCUGAUGGUUGGAUGGGACUAGAUAUAGGACCAAAGACUAUCGAGAAAUUUACCAAAGAUGUAAUCCCAAAAUGUCAGACUAUUGUCUGGAAUGGUCCACCCGGAGUGUUUGAAUUUGAAAAUUUUGCAAUUGGGACCAAAGCAGUAAUGGAUGCUGUUGUUGAAGUAACCAAGGCUGGAGCGACAACUAUUAUAGGUUAGUUUGGUUUUCAUAACAAUAUGGCAGGGCUUGAUUUCACCUGUUUAACUCCGAAUGCAAAUAUCAUGGUGUUGAAAUUCCAUAAAAAAAGAUAAUCCCACAAUAGAGUCAAAUUUCCAUUCAUUUAUUUUAAUAUUUAAGUAGCAUUAUCUAGACAAAUCAAUAAUUAUCAAAACAUUAAUAAUUUUGAACAAAAACACUGCUCACUUAGUCGCUGUGCGAAUUUUAAUCUUGUCCAUGAAACUAAGUUCCCUCCACGAAAGUUUUCAUUCCCAUUGUUCGUUCUUCAAUUCGCUUUUUCGUGUUGGAAUGUCAGGCAGCGUGACAUAAUUGGCCUUAUAUGCAACAGUAGUGACAUCUAGUCACGAGUUUACUACUUUAUGUUCUGUUAAACAUGGUUUGAAUGUUCUAUGAAUAGUACUUUAUGUUAAACAUGGUUUGAAUGUUCUAUGAAUAGUACUUUGUUAAACAUGGUUUGAAUGUUCUAUCAUUAGGGAGCAGUCAUUAUUGAUGCCAGGGGGGGGGGAAGAUAUUUAGGGGGGCCACCAAAAAUUUAUCAACCAGUUGGGGGGGGCUACCAAAAAUAUCAAAGAAAAGUAGGGGGGGGCACCAAAAAUAAUUAACAAUUAUUCGCCGAAGGCGAGGUGAUUAUCAGUGAAUAAAAACCAAGACGAAGUCGAGGUUUUUAUUCACGAUAAUCACCGAGCCUGAGGUGAAUAAUUGUUUCAGGAUAAUUUCAUAGGUGAUUAUUUGAAAAAAUAUUUUAAAAUGCACAUUUCUUCGUCUUUCAACAACCUCGUUCCCAGGGUAUUUGCUCUUGGGAAGCAAAGACCCUGGUGGACGCUGGUCACGUGACCCAUAGAAAAUUGAUAGCCUCAGAGGGGGAUGGAAAGGUCUCAUAUUACAUGUUUCCACUUCCGCACUUCACACUUCGAUUGCAAGGAGUGCCGUGCUGUACAAUAAUCUUUGAGAAUCAUAUAUUCUUCAAAAUUCUUGCUAAAUUGGUUUCUGUUUGCCGUUUUAAAUUAUAUUAUGGUAAAAUGCAGAUUCUUGUACUAACAGACAAGUCAGCAAAUCAAGCAACGAAAACGUAUGACCGUAUGGUUUGAAAUAUUUGCAUUUUUAAUAUUCUCUCGGGGUUCGGGCGCAAUAUUUUCAUUUCAUACGUACGUUUCUGUCCUGGCUCUGCCUCUGGUUCAGAUAUUUACAAUAUUCUUAUAAUAUGCCAUUGAAUUGUUGUAAUAUAGAAAGGAAACGGUAUACUGUUUUGUAUAGUAGAGGUAUCAAAAGCGACUGACAAAAUUGUUUGGAAUCGACACUCGACAGCGCACUUUUUUGUCUUCACGACUACCUGUUUGUUGAGCCAAACUAUUGCACAGAAUCUCCUAUAAUAAAUUAUAGCUAUCGCCAUUCACCCUCCCACCCUGAAUGCAAAGGAAUGAUAUCCGAAAAGAUUUAGCAAAGUAUUUGUUAUUAUAUCUGGUACGAAGUGUCCCUAUACGUUUUAUCAGGGAUAUAUAUUUAUAUAUACACAAUUCAUAAACUGUAUAUGCGCACCAAGUCUCGCUCAUAGAAUUACUUAAUGAGUUUUAUUAAGCCUUUUAAAGUUUCUAUUGAUACUGAUAGAUAGGUUGUUUGCUUACAGUUACGAAGUAUCGUUUGGUGAAACUUCUAAAAUUUCAAUUACAGUUACGACACAGUAUAGGGAUAUAUACGAUAAAGAUUAAAGACUUAAAGUUGAUUUAAAUAUUGAUGACUCACAGCGGCAUUAUACAAGUCGAAAGAAGCUGGAUUUUAAGUUGGAUUAUUCUUCAAAUAAUGCCUGGGCAUUAAUACCAAUGCCAAUGAAAGGUCUUUAUAAGAUUUAUAAUGUUUACUGCAAUAUAUGAUAUAAUUUAGUCUAGUGCAUAUAUCGUCCUAGAUAUUCAAGUUGUACCGCACGCACCGAGGAGUCUUGGCGUGUGAUAACAGUAUACUGUAGCUGUACUUCGACAUAUAUCAUUCUUGAUCGUUGAGCUGUUUCAGCAAUGUAAAUAAAAGGAAUAACGGGUUUUAAUCCUGUGCUUACUGUAAUUCACAGUCAAAACAGCACUAUUGUUUUUAUAUACACAGUUGGCGAUGUUCAGUACUUCAGUUGGGAAAUCAAAGGAUCCCGUUAUAAAAUAAAUCCUUUGUUUUGAAUAUCGGACAGGAUACAUUUCAACUAUAAACAACCAUAUCAUAUCGUUCGUUUUAUAUAAAUACCGUUUGAUCAAUCAGUCGGUGUAGAAGAUAUCAGAUAUGUAUGUUUAUACGGCGAUCUGAUGCGUGCUCACUAGCCAGGCGCGUGUGGAGUAUAUUUUUCCUUGCAAGUGAAAUAUGAUCCAGCUUCUCGCUUGAAAUGUACCGCAGCACUUAUUAUUGAUGACAUUCAAUAUAGCAGGAAAUCUUGUCAUGAUGAGUACGAAUUUAAUACAGCACUAAUGCAUCUGGCGAAUGUCAACUACUACAUUCCCACCCCUCCCAGAUUGACAAAACAACGCUAAUUGAAAAUCUGCUAGAUUUUAGCAGAUCACGUGACCAGCGUCCACCAGGGUCUUUGCUUCCCAAGAGCAAAUACGCUGGGAACGAGGUUGGUCUUUCAAUUGACAAAACGGCUUCGGCCGCCAUUUUGAAAAUCGCUUAGGUGAUUAUCGCGUAAUAAUCACCUCAACGGUAACCAAUCAGCGUGGAGAAUUUUCAAUAAUCACCUAUGUAAUUAUACUAAUGUGCAAUAAUCAUAAAACAUCAGCAAUUAUAGUUCACUGUAAUAUAAAUGUUAAUGCAAUAUAAGUAUAGGUAAUCACACAGGAAGGAGUGCAAUUAAUUAUAUUAACACUACGAGUAAUAUUUGAAAAAUGCGCCAAAAUUGCACUGUUAAUUGCACGACUUGCGCGAGUGAUUAUUUAUUUCAUGCAUAGCAUGAUGACAUUCAAUAAAAUUCAACUUCAUUUUGUCAAGAGUUUUUAAUUCUUUUGUAAGCAAUUUGGCAUAAAAAAACUUGCGAAAUGAUCAUAAACUCAUAAAGGCACAUAAUUUAAACUAUAUGGACAAAUGAUUCAAACUCAAAUAACAUAUGAAAUUAUUAAGAAAAUCUUUAUAAAUUGUAUUUAUACAGACUUACAUAGUCACGUUUCGCUGCAUCUCGUCGAGAUUAUUUCUUAAAACUGUUUCCAGAUAUUCUCCACAGGCUCUUUUUGUCAUACUAUGUUUUUUAAACUCAUUCUUGUGCCAAAAUUUAGUUCAAUUGAAUUCGUCCAUGUGGUUUUUAUACAAGAUAAAGAUAAAUUUCCCCGCCAUAUUGGACUUGUUGUUUUGAUUUCCCGCUCCCCCCAGCCAUCGAAAAUCAAGCACCACAGUAGCCCAAGACGUCGCUUGCGAGAUUGGGCCGCCUGUGAUCUUAGUAUAUGUUUGGAAUGCAAGUUCAAUCACAGGGGAAGAGGGGGGGGCUAUGAAAAUUUAUUAUAUUUAAAGGGGGGGCAUGAAAAAAUAUUUUGAAGGAAUGAGGGGCCAUGAAAAAUUUACCAUGAGUUUAGAAAUAUCUUCCGCUCCCCCCCCCCCUGGCAUUAAUAAUGACUGCUCCCUUAGCACUUUAUGUUCUCUUAAACAUGGUUUGUAUGGUCUGCCAGUACUUUAUGUUGUGUUAAACAUAGUUUGAAUGAACAUUACUACUUUAUGUUGUGUUAAACAUAGUUUGAAUGUUCUGCCAUUACUACUUUAUGUUGCGUUAAACAUGGUUUGAAUGGUUUGCCAUUACUACUUUAUGUUGUGUUAAACAUGGUUUGAAUGGUUUGCCAUUAGUACUUUAUGUUCUGUUAAACAUGGUUUGAAUGGUCUGUCAUUACUACUUUAUGUUGUGUUAAACAUGGUUUGAAUGGUCUGCCAUUACUACUUUAUGUUGUGUUAAACAUGGUUUGUCAUUACUACUUUAUGUUCUGUUAAACUUGGUUUGAAUGGUUUGCCAUUAGUACUUUAUGUUCUGUUAAACAUGGUUUGAAUGGUCUUUCAUUACUACUGUGUGUUGUGUUAAACAUGGUUUGAAUGGUUUGCCAUCAGUACUUUAUGUUCUGUUAAACAUGGUUUGAAUGGUCUGUCAUUACUACUUUAUGUUGUGUUAAACAUGGUUUGAAUGGUUUGCCAUUACUACUUUAUGUUCUGUUAAACUUGGUUUGAAUGGUUUGCCAUUAGUACUUUAUGUUCUGUUAAACAUGGUUUGAAUGGUCUUUCAUUACUACUGUAUGUUGUGUUAAACAUGGUUUAAAUGGUUUGCCAUCAGUACUUUAUGUUCUGUUAAACAUGGUUUGAAUGGUCUUUCAUUACUACUUUAUGUUGUGUUAAACAUGGUUUGAAUGGUUUGCCAUUACUACUUUAUGUUCUGUUAAACAUGGUUUGAAUGGUCUGUCAUUACUACUUUAUGUUGUGUUAAACAUGGUUUGAAUGGUUUGCCAUUACUACUUUAUGUUCUGUUAAACAUGGUUUGAAUGGUCUGUCAUUACUACUUUAUGUUGUGUUAAACAUGGUUUGAAUGGUUUGCCAUUACUACUUUAUGUUCUGUUAAACUUGGUUUGAAUGGUUUGCCAUCAGUACUUUAUGUUCUGUUAAACAUGGUUUGAAUGGUCUUUCAUUACUACUUUAUGUUGUGUUAAACAUGGUUUGAAUGGUUUGCCAUUACUACUUUAUGUUCUGUUAAACUUGGUUUGAAUGGUUUGCCAUCAGUACUUUAUGUUCUGUUAAACAUGGUUUGAAUGGUCUUUCAUUACUACUUUAUGUUGUGUUAAACAUGGUUUGAAUGGUUUGCCAUUACUACUUUAUGUUCUGUUAAACUUGGUUUGAAUGGUUUGCCAUUACUACUUUAUGUUGUGUUAAACAUGGUUUGAAUGGUCUGCCAUUACUACUUUAUGUUGUGUUAAACAUGGUUUGAAUGGUCUGUCAUUAAUACUUUAUGUUGUGUUAAACAUGGUUUGAAUGGUCUGUCAUUACUAGUUUAUGUUGUGUUAAACAUGGUUUGAAUGGUUUGCCAUUACUACUUUAUGUUCUGUUAAACUUGGUUUGAAUGGUCUGUCAUUAAUACUUUAUGUUGUGUUAAACAUGGUUUGAAUGGUCUGUCAUUAAUACUUUAUGUUGUGUUAAACAUGGUUUGAAUGGUUUGCCAUUACUACUUUAUGUUGUGUUAAACAUGGUUUGAAUGGUUUGCCAUUACUACUUUAUGUUCUGUUAAACAUGGUUUGAAUGGUCUGUCAUUAAUACUUUAUGUUGUGUUAAACAUGGUUUGAAUGGUCUGUCAUUACUAGUUUAUGUUGUGUUAAACAUGGUUUGAAUGGUCUUUCAUUACUACUGUGUGUUGUGUUAAACAUGGUUUGAAUGGUUUGCCAUCAGUACUUUAUGUUCUGUUAAACAUGGUUUGAAUGGUCUUUCAUUACUACUUUAUGUUGUGUUAAACAUGGUUUGAAUGGUUUGCCAUUACUACUUUAUGUUGUGUUAAACAUGGUUUGAAUGGUUUGCCAUUACUACUUUAUGUUCUGUUAAACAUGGUUUGAAUGGUCUGUCAUUAAUACUUUAUGUUGUGUUAAACAUGGUUUGAAUGGUCUGUCAUUACUAGUUUAUGUUGUGUUAAACAUGGUUUGAAUGGUCUGUCAUUACUACUUUAUGUUCUAUCAUUAGUAUUUUAUGUUCUGUUAAACAUGGUUUGAAUGGUGUUCUGUUAAUUUAAACAUGGUUUGAAUGGUUUGCCAUUAGUACUUUAUGUCCUGCUAAACAUGGUUUGAAUGGUCUGUCAUUACUACUUUAUGUUCUGUUAAACAUGGUUUGAAUGGCGUUCUGUUAAUUUAAACAUGGUUUGAAUGUUCUGUCAUUAGUACUUUAUGUGCUGUUUAAUAAACGAGCAGCAGUGUUUUAUUAGGUUUAAAGCCACGAGCGCGCAGCGCGAGUGGCUUUAGACCUAAUAAAACACGACCUGCGAGUUUAUUAAACGGCUUCAAACACGAUACAAAUUCAAUAGAUAUACUGCCGUAUUAGUAUUCUUUAUAUAAAGAAUACUAAUGAGAACACGACUACAGUACAAUAGAUACUGCCUUAUUAGUAUUCUUUAUAUAGAGAAUACUAAUUAGGAGUGUUUUAUCAGGUUUAAAGCCACUGCACGUGACAUAUUAUGGUUGACAUGAUUUGCCAAUAAGCUUAUGAAUUAUUAAUGAGUGUUUGAAGUACUAAUAAAACACGACCUGCGAGUUAAAUGGCUUCAAAAACGUUUGCAUAAUAAGUCAAAUCUUUAUAUAAAAAUCUUUAUAUAAAAAUUUUAUAUAAAAAUCUUUAUAUAGUUUGCAUAACAAUGGUCUUUUGUUAAAGUGUUCUUUAGCUGGUAUAAAGACGUAUGCAUGUGACUAAUUUCUUACUCAAGAUUGGAUAAUUGCUUCAUGAAUUAUUAAUGCGUUUUUGAAGUUGUGUUAAACAUGGUUUGAAUGUUCUGCCAUUAAUGCAUUAUAGUACUUUAUGUUGUGCUAAACAUGGUUUGAAUUGUCUGCCAUUAGUACUUUAUGUCCUGCUAAACAUGGUUUGAAUGUUCUGUGUAGGCGGAGGUGAUACUGCGACAUGUGCAGCUAAAUAUAAAACUGAAGAUCUAGUAAGUCACGUGAGUACAGGAGGUGGAGCAAGUCUUGAGCUGUUAGAAGGUAAAAUAUAAUUUCUCUUGAUGAGCAAGGCAUUUGGAAAUGAGGCGCAUUACAUGUCUUUUGCGGAUAUCAUUGCUUCAAAAAAUGGGACAGAGAGCUCCAAUUUCCAAACACUGUUAAACAGGCUGGUUAGCAUCAUUGCAAAUGACUGCACGCCGAUGCUCACCAAACAUUGCAUGUCUCAAAAAUCUUUCAGUUUCCCCAAUGUAAAAGCAUGCGACAUCUACUGCAUGAGAUGCAGUUUUCCAUGAAUUUUAUUGUUACCGAACGAAUGGCUCGAAACGUCGAAGUUCUCCUUGUAUUUCUCAAGUAGUUGUAUACCUAUCAAUCUGCAGCCUUCUCAUUAUUAUUGGCACUAGCUAUACUGACACAGACCGUUCGAGAUUAUAUAACAGUAAUCGUAUAUCAAAUAUUAAGUAAACAUUCUUAGGCGGGGAUGAUGAUGUAAACGAGAUAGGAAUAAUCAACGUAGCAGCGGACAUAAAACGCGACCUUCAUGUAACUGCUUUUAAGAUCAUGUUUUAUUUUUCUUUAGGGAAGACUUUGCCUGGUGUUGCAGCUCUGUCAGAAGCUUGAAAGUGUUUGUUUUGAACAAUAUCUCUCUUGAUUAUAAACAUUCACUGAUAUAAUUUACAACUUGGGUAUGAUACGGAUAACUCUCAUUAUUUUUAUUUAAAUGUCUUUUUUCACGUCGAAGAUGGUAUACAUGGCAUGCAGUUGUUGUACGCUAAAAUUACACUCUUAACACUUCCGUGAAUGGAAAUAUUACGAAGUAAAUAUGCAAUUGCAUGCAUGGACUUCAUAUUCAUACCAUAUAGUCAGUGUAGUAAUGGUGGUUACAGAACCCGAUGAAAUACAAAAGAACUCAUUAUUUUUGUUAGUUUACGUUUUUCCAAUAACAUGGUUGGUUCAUUGUCUCGUUCGGACUGUAUAACAAGAUUUCCAAUUGCAUGCAUGUUACCAUUUGAAACACACUUCAAUAUAGCAAGGAGCGGGAUAUCGAUAUUAUUAUAUCUGUUUGCUUUUAAUUUACAACAAACAUUCGAACAUUUUUAUCAACAGUCAAGUCAAGAAACCAAGCAAAAUCGUUACUCUGAAUUUGUUGUUAAUUAUUGCUAUCUCGAGCGCGGUUUUAUUUAGUAGAAUAAUGUUCUUUUUGGUUUUGUCGUUUCCCUAACACCUGCCAAACCAUUAUAUACCCUUGGCCAUAUUUAUUUUGCCCCAAUUCAAAUUUCCAUUGACGUAGCCAGAGUAUACAAAGCGUGUGCAUUAUAUUUUCAUAUCUUGUAAUGUAAAUUUAUAUCUUGCUAUGUUUUCAAUGUAUUGGAUUGGUUUGUGAUUAAGAAGAGUAAAAAUAAUUAAUUCCAUC